AUGACAGGCAACCAUGUUGAUCGUGCUAUGAAUCAAAAUUUCUUCAAGCAUAUUCGAAGUUAUAAUGCCUGUUUAUCUUUUGCUUCAUUCACAGCAAGAAUAGCUCCUCCGUCUGAUCAUGGGCCACCCUGUUUUAGGAUUUGCGGACAAAUUGUGCAUCGUGUUGGUAAUCUGAGACCUGAUCAAAAUGUUCUGCCUGCAUAUUGUCAGUUAAAUGUUUAUGAUCCUAAUACUGCUUUAAAUUUUCGAAUGGAGCAAAAUGAUUGUUGCAUACGUGAGUUGAUGGAAUUUUUGCAGACUAUAAUUAGUCAAGAGAACCCAUUUGCUCUUGCAUUUAAAAACAUGGCUGAAAUUGAAGAUGAAGAAGUACGUCAAGCAGCUUUAGAAGGUCGACCAACUUCGAUUGUUAAAAUGUCAUUGCUUGAAGGUGGUGAUAGACGUCGAUACAAUCUUCCUUCACAUGAGGAAAUUGCCAUUGUUUUUGUUGGGGAUGAUGGUGCUCCACCUCCAUCUAGGGAAGUAGUUAUAUACCCUCGAGGUCAGGCCUUAAAAACAAUUUCAAGUAUGUCUGCAAAUCUAGAUCCAAUGAUAUAUCCAAUAUUUUUUCCAAGAGGUGAUGCUGGAUGGCAUGAGCAACUAGAGCAUCAUCCUGACCGAGCUACACGUGUUAAAAAUCGGGUUACUUUGUCUCAGUACUACAAUUACAGGCUUUCUGUUAGAGAAACCUUUAAUCCUAUAUUUUAUGGUAAGAAGCUUUUUCAACAGUAUGCUGUUGAUGCAUAUGUCAAGAUUGAAGGUCAGCGCCUUGCUUUUAUUAGAAAUAACCAAAACAGACUUUGA